ACCGCUCUUCCAUAGGACUCUCCUUACAACAUCAGCAAACUUCAACACCGACUUCACAUGUUUUGACCAAUGGCAGAACAUUUCCUGUAGAAGCGCGUUCCUUCCUUGGUGUAUUAGUGGCGGGUGAAAGUUGAAAGAUUGGUCUGUGUAAAAGGAAAACGUGGGGGCUUACCGAUUUUUAACAUUUUCUGAUGGGUUAAAUCAUAAUUUGAAUGUAUAUUGAGCUCUAUUUGAAACGUUACAGGGAGGGCUUAAUAAAAAACUACCCAAAAGUCUACUAAAAAACAAACAAAAAAAAAACCCACAAGCAACCACCGUGCUUUGAAAAAAAUAUGUCUGCGGAAGAAACGGAUAAAUCGAUGGUGACUGAUACAAGUGCAGAAGCAGGAGACGGAGACGGAGAUGGAGACGAAGAGGAAGAAUGGCUUUAUGGGGAUGAAAGUGAAACUAAAGAGGAGGAGGCGGAGGAAGCAGCAGCACCAGUCACUGUCAGUGCAUUUCCUCCACCUACUGUUGAAGAGGAAGCCACUGGAAAUGGUGUAGCGAAGCAGGACACAGCAGUAGAAGACGAUGAGGACACGGAUAGUGACAGUGAUGAUGAUGACGAUGACGUUCGUGUCACCAUCGGGGACAUUAAAACGGGGGCACCUCAGUAUGCAGCCUAUGGCGGGGCACCAGUGAAUCUCAAUAUUAAGACAGCUGGAAGGCCGUAUGGGGCAGUAGGAAAAUCAAAGGGAAUCGAUCUUGAAGCACCAGGAAGUAUCAAUGGUGUUCCACUACUGGAAGUAGACUUGGAUUCUUUUGAAGACAAACCCUGGAGAAAACCAGGUGCUGAUCUAUCUGAUUAUUUCAACUAUGGGUUCAAUGAGGACACUUGGAAGGCUUAUUGUGAAAAACAGAAGAGACUGAGAAUGGGGCUUGAAGUUGCAACGGCUACCUCGACAAGCAGCAAAAUUACGGUUCAGCAGGGAAGAACUGGAAAUGCUGAAAAGGAAGUCGGUUUACCAACAACUAAAGUUGAUUUUACCUCUCCUACUAAUGUCUUCAAACCAGGAAUUCCACCAUCCAGGAUUUCUCCCACUCACUGGUCAGGAGGCCCAGCUUCUCAAGAUACGUCAUUUUAUACGAAGGUACCAGGAUCGAUCAAUGUGAUCGGGGGACAGACUGCCACCAUCAGCCGCGUUGAGGGACGACGCCGGCACAACAACGAGAGCAAUAAUAUUCAGGUCAUAUCAGAACAUUCCACCUCAGAUGCUGAGCCUGCACCUGUGCCUACACCUGCACCUGCACCUGCACCUGCACCUGCACCUGCCAAGCUGCCUCCAUUUUUCCCACCUGGAGCUCUGCCUCCAAACAUCCCUCCUCCCCCAUUUCUACCACCUCCCCCCAACGUCGGCAGUGCACCUCCACUGAUUCCUCCACCAAGAAUUCCCAUCACUGUACCACCUCCAGGUUUUCCACCACCACCAUCACUUAUUCCAACACUGGACGGUGGACAUGCAGGAAGCUAUGAUGGUCGCUCUGUUCCACCAUAUCCGUUUAAUCCUGGCUAUCCCCAUCUUGCUGGCGCUGUUGCAUCGUGGUCUAAUAUCAUUGACAACUCCAAGCAGUGGGAAUACUAUUCAAGGAGAGAGAAGGAGCGAGACAGGGAGAAGGAGCGUGAGCGAGAGCGUCCAAGAGAGAGAGGUCAUGAGCGGGAGAGAGAGCGAGAACGGGAUCACAGUCCUGCCUCCAUGGCAUACAACAGCGAUGAGGAGCGGUUCAGGUACAGAGAGUAUGCAGAGAGAGGCUACGAGCGUCACAGGGAGAGAAGCAGCAGGGAGAAGGAAGACCGACACAGAGAAAGAAGACAUCGGGACAAAGAAGAGAGUCGGCACAAGUCAUCUCGGAGCAGCAGCAGACGACGUCAUGAUAGCGAGGAAGGAGAUGGCCAUAGAAGACACAAACACAAAAAGUCUAAAAGAAGUAAAGAAGGAAAGGAAGCCAGUGAUGACCAUGCUCCUGAGCAGGACCAUUCAGAAGCUGCAGGCCUUGACUAACUGCUCUUGGGCUCCUUACUUAGGAAUACUAUUAAAAUGUGUGUUCUGGAAGAACCAGUUUGUUUCUAAUUCUUAAGUUUGCUGCAAUGCUCAGAAUUUCAGAAUUGUGUUAAAAUAUUGUUUUGUUUGUUGCAAUGAGCACAAAAAAAUGUUAAUUUGUUGAAUAAAAAAAGAAAGUUUUGCAUUUUUUAUAA